AUGAGCUACUUUGGCCCGAAGAGAGCUCGGAUACUAUCCCAUGCAUCGGAGAAGUCAAGCCUUUUGGGAGGGUCAGGGUCCUCCAAGAAUGGCAAUCUCUCUCGACCGGGAUCGAUCAGCAGUCUCCAUGAAUCGAUAGCAGAACGAUAUUCGUUGGCGGCAUCUCCUCGGAGCUGGGGAACACCGCUUACCAUGCACCAGCCUGAAGACGACGAUGAACUUCACAACCCAAGCUCGAUCCGAGACGCAAUGGGCGACCGCGGAGGGGCGUUCUUCUCCUGGCGUGGAUUGAGCAAUCUCGGAUGUUUGGUCCUUUUGGUGGCGGGCAUCCUUGCUCUCUUUGCUGGUAAGGGAUACCCUCUAAUCUCUUAUUUCGUCACCAAGCAAGAGCAGACUGCCCAAGGAGGGUUCAACCUGGGUGGGAUAAACGCGACCGGACAAAUUCCUGAAUUUAUUGGAAACUUCGGUCUGAUCGAUCGCGACACACCUCUGGAGGCCCAUACAAAGAGAUCUUACAAUAACCCAGACGAGGAGCUUGUCCUGGUUUUCUCUGACGAAUUCAACCAAGAUGGGCGGACUUUCUACCCAGGAGAUGAUCCAUAUUGGGAAGCUGUGGACCUUUGGUACUGGGGAACCGUAAAUCUGGAGUGGUACGACCCUUCCCAAGUCACGACCGAGGGUGGUUAUUUGCGAAUCCGAUUGGAGGAAGUGGAGGAUCGUUCCCUCAAUCACAAUAUGACAUAUAAAGGCGGUAUGCUCCAGUCGUGGAAUAAGUUUUGUUUUACAGGCGGCUUGCUGGAAGCAUCUGUUCAAUUGCCUGGAUCCAAUAGUGUUGGAGGACUGUGGCCCGCCUUGUGGGCAAUGGGUAAUCUAGGUCGAGCAGGAUUUGGUGCUAGCCUCGAGGGCCUGUGGCCCUACAGCUACGAUCACUGCGACGUUGGAACACUCCAUAAUCAAACGUACACUUUCAACAGAGAUCUACCGGUGGCAGCAACGGAGAACGGAGAUCCUCAAUACGGUGGUGUCCUAUCCUUCUUGCCGGGACAGCGACUUUCUGCUUGUACAUGUCCUGGAGAGGCUCAUCCUGGGCCAGUGCGCUCAAACGGGGAAUACGUGGGAAGAGCGGCCCCCGAAAUCGACGUUUUUGAAGCAAUUGUCGAGGACGGACAUGCUCAGAUCUCCCAGUCCGCACAAUGGGCUCCAUUCAACGCACAGUACCGGUCUGUCAAUAAUGCACGGACGAUCAUUAUCCACGAGCCAAAUAGUACCGAGUACAACACUUACGUCGGAGGUGCUUUCCAACAAACUACUAGUGCCUUAGUAUACACCAACCCCGACUGCUACGAGCAAUCAGAUCCUUCCUGCUAUUCCGUCUAUGGCUUUGAAUAUCAACCAGGGUUUGACGAAGGUUAUAUCACUUGGAUUAACGACGGAAGACGGUCCUGGACUCUUAUGGGUACCAGCAUGGUCGCCGACAACGAGGUCGAAAUCGACCACCGACCGAUCUCCCUGGAGCCGAUGGUAUGUCGCAUUCUUACCACCCGUGAAACUCUGCUUGACAGAGCCGCAACGAAGUACAUUAUUGCCAAUCUCGGAAUAUCACCGAGCUUCGGUGAAUACGAUCCAGAAACGAUAGAGCUUCCUGCAGUGAUGAGUAUCGACUGGAUUCGGGUGUAUCAACCAAAGAACGCGAUUAAUAUCGGGUGCGAUCCAAAGGAGUACCCUACAGCUGCCUACAUUGAGAGGUACAAGGAAGCGUAUACCAACGCCAACCUUACCAUCUGGGAGGACACUGGCGAACCUUGGCCCAAGAAUCGUUUAACCAAUCCUGACGGGCAAUGCGACUAA